GCCUGGGAGUCGGGGGGUCGCGGCGGCCUGGCCCCGGCGGCCCAGAUGCCGAGGCAGGAGUCGGGGGCCGGGGCUGAGGCGCGGGCAGACGGCCCCGGUGCCGUCGGAGCCCGCCGCUUCCUGCUGUGUCUUUACCUGGUGGGCUUCUUGGAUUUGUUUGGUGUCAGCAUGGUCGUCCCUUUAUUGAGCCUUCAUGUCAAGUCUCUUGGAGCAAGUCCAACAGUUGCUGGAAUAGUAGGCUCCUCCUAUGGCAUUUUGCAGCUCUUUUCCAGCACAUUGGUGGGCUGCUGGAGUGAUGUGGUUGGAAGACGAUCUUCCUUGCUGGUGUGCAUUCUGUUCAGUGCCCUGGGUUAUCUGAUUCUUGGAGCAUCCACCAAUGUGUUCCUGUUUGCCCUUGCUAGAAUCCCUGUGGGUAUUUUUAAACAUACACUCUCCAUUUCAAGGGCUCUGCUUUCUGAUCUGGUUUCAGAGAAAGAACGGCCGCUAGUAAUCGGACAAUUCAAUGCAGCGUCUAGUGUGGGCUUCAUCUUGGGUCCCAUGGUUGGUGGAUAUCUUACUGAGUUAGAUGGUGGAUUUUAUCUGACAGCCUUCAUCUGUUGUUGUGUCUUCCUUCUCAAUGCUGGUCUGGUUUGGCUGUUUCCCUGGCGUGAAGCAAAGCUCUCCAGGACGGAGCAAGGCCGGCCGGCCGGUGACAGCCCUGCCCCCUGGGGGAGGACGGACCCUCCCGAGCAGCAGCCAGCCACCCCGCGCCAGAGCACCGCCAGCACCAGGCCUGCCCGGCCGCCCUGGGCGGAGGUCGCGUCCACCCUGCGCGACAUGAAGAGCCUGGUAUUUUCCGAAAUGUGGGACAUCUUCGCGGUGCGCCUGCUGAUGGCCGUGGCGGUGAUGCUCUACUACAGUAACUUCGUGCUGGCCCUGGAGGAGCGCUUCGGGGUGCGGCCGCGGGCGGCGGGCUGCCUCAUCAGCUACAGCAGCGCCCUGGGCGCCCUGGGCGGCCUGGCGCUGGGCCCGCUCCUGCGGCUGUACGGGCACGACGGGCGCGCCAUCCUGCUGCGCUCGAGCGCGCUCACCUGCCUGCUGCUGCUGCUGCACGCCGCCGCCCGCUCGGCCGCCCUGGCCGCGCUCUGCACCGCGCUGCUGGCCGUCUCCACGGCCGUGGGCAGGACCUGCGUCACCGACCUGCAGCUGGCUGCCGGCGGGGCGCAGGGCGGGCGGCACGGUCAUCGGCGUGGGGCAGUCGGUGACGGCCGUGGGCCGGAUCGUCGCCCCGCUCCUCUCGGGGCUCGCGCAGGAGACGCUACAAUAUUGAAGGCAGGCCAGUUAACAACCUAUAGUGGCCCCUAAGUGUUCAAGUGAAAGGAAGUGUCAGUCGACGUGGAAAACUUCAUUGCCGUCUGAUUUUUUAAAAUUGCCACAGCCACCCCAACCUUGAACACACACCACCCUGAUCAACACUGAGAAAAGACCCUCCACCAGCAAAAAGAUUGCCACCUGCUGAAAGGGGCAUUGAACUUGACUGAGAAGUUUAUGAAGGAUAUGGCACUCUUUCAGCAUUAUGCUAGCCACAAUUGGACUGCGGGGCUUUCUUUGAGAACUGUUCUGGCAAGAAGCGCCUUGCUCGGGGCUGCAAAUUGAGGACGGUGGUCCCGACAUCUGUGUCUGAGUCACUGCUAUUGCCACCUACCACAGAGCAAAAGAAGGACAACAUGGGCAUGCGUUUGAGAGAGAAGGGAUUGUAAAUGACUCGCAAUGCAUGAUUGGGGCCAACACCUGCUGAGAAUUGGGCAGCGCAGGGUCAGAGGGCUCACUCUCUCUAGCCCACCAACCUGGGCAUAAGACAUCCCUUAAUGUUGAAUGUUCACACACUGAAGAGUUCACUGUGCCAGACAACUGUCCUCAGCACUGUUAAACUCAUUAACCUAUUUAAUCCUCAUAGUCACCCAUCUGACAGGUGGAGUAACUGAAGUUCAAGAGACAGUAUAAGUGGUGGAGCUGGCUAUCAAAGUGAGGUGCCCUGGCGGUGGCAGCUGUGUUCCCACUUGCCCCAUCAGAACAAUCCCAGGAGGGCUCAGCUCUGUGUCUGGCACACAGAAAGCAAACCAGCACUUGGCUGCUAUUAUAAAAAUGCUUGUCUUGAUCUGGAAUCUCAGAGACAACCUUCUUUAUCUCCUUUAUAUUUUCAUAAAAGGGCUGUAGUACCAAUAUGCACUCUCCAAACAAUGGGGAGAUACAUGAUCAGAACUAGCUGGUUAUCAGAAUUCAAGUCCUAGAGAACUGGGUAGGACAGCUGGUGGGAGCUGAGAUUCUUGGGGCAAAAAGAAUGUUCUGGUGGACAUGUGGUGGAGACAAGGCCCACUGCUCUAAACAUUCAGGCCUCCCUUCUCAUUUCUCAUCUCACCAGUCAUCACCACCAGCUGUCAUUUGACUUUCCUCUUCUUGGUUAAUUAAAUAAACAAGCAAAAAUAAAGGGGUAGGGGAGGUAAUUGUUACAUCCCACAUUUUAAUAACAUGGUACCUAACAUACUUCCUCUGGGGUUCACAGUAGAUGGCUUGGAGUCUACACAAAGAUUAUCAUUAAAUAAAGAGAUAUGAGACUUUAUGUCAAAGCCUUAAUGAUUUCAGGCAGUAAAAUUUAUGGCUGCCUUUAUGAAAAUAUAUGGAAAUUGCAAAAAUUUAAAUACACCUUUGCAAAUUUACAACUUGCUGUUUACCUGCUCACUAACCACAGGUGACAGCAUUUGCUUUUGCUAUAUCAAAUAGAAUCAUUAUGGAAAAUAAUGAACUCAUUCAUAAUGUGUACAGCAGCUCCAUCCAAAAAGCUUAUAAUGCUAAUAAUAAGUCACCAUAUUAUUAUUUUAGGCUUGCAAACUAUUAAACUCAUUGUCCUCAAUGAAGAAAAAGAAUGGGGAAAUUUCUCUACUUUAUGAAUAUUAGGAAAUAAACUUACUCAUUCUGCUCCAACUGAAAUCAUUACCUGUAUUGGAAAUAUUCUUUUUCUUUUGUAGCUUUUCUGGAAGCUUUGUAUUUUUUGGUAAGGAUAAAUAUCGAGAGGCUGAAGUGGAAGCCUGUGGAAAACAUGGAAAAUCUUAUUUAGACUAUGCAGAGGUCAUUUACUGUAUAUCAGAAAUUUAAAAUUUUACAUCAAACCCUGAUGUUAAAAAUUAAAAUUGUACUUCUCUAUUAUAAAAUUACUGUGUGAGGGGCUGUGGGGAUGGUGAAUAAAGUUCUGAGCAAUAAUUAUUUCACUUAAAACAACUAAAUCUCAUCUAAAAUGUAACCAAAAUCAGUAUUAAGGAAAAUGAAAAUAAAGUGGGACCGUUAGAAAUAAGAAUAAUGAAAUAAUAAUGAAAACCAUUGAGUCUUCUUAAAGAGAAGCUAUGGAAACACCUAUUAAUAAGAGUAUUACUAAAAAAGUAGAACCUAUACAUAUGGAAAGAAAAUAUAUGAAAAAUGUAGCAUAUUUAACUUUUAGUUACUUUAGUAAGUCUUGAAAUGAUAGAAUGAAAAGUGUUACCAUAGCUAAUUGGCUGACAAUUCAAUUGUGUCAUACUUUAACUUUUAAUCAGGGCUGCCACAUGUUCACAUUUAAAAAAAAAAAAGAUAAUCUACCUGUUUACAUAUUACCAUUUUAGUCUCUGAUGACCAACACAGAAUAUUACUAAAAAUGAGAUGCAAUCCUAAAACUAAUGCAACCUUGUAUGUCUGUUAUACUCACAAAAAUAAUACUAAGAUGCAAUAACUGCUGUGAAGUCAAUCAAUUGUAAUGUCAUUUAAAAAUGAUUUUCCUUAUCUUGUUGACAAUGCCUUGGACCAAGUGAGAAGGUGAACAUUCACACCCCCCAACUGCUGUGAUUUUGCAGUUCUAGUACCUGCAGCUUGCCUAUCUUCUGGCCACAACCUCUCACCAGAAAGAUCCAACGUGACUCAUCAGAUGAAACAUGGUCCAGCCAUGCUGUUUAAAUUUGUAACUUGACCCUUCCUUGUACCCCCAGUCUCCUCCAAGCACUGUUUUUCUCCACAGCACUCCCUGCCUACUAACAUAAUAGAUAAUUUACUCGAUUGCUGGGCAUCUUCUCCCCACUAGGAUAUGAAUUCUACAAGCAAAGAUAUCUUGGUCACUUUCAUUCACCAACAUAUACCAAGUGCCUAGAACAGUGCCCGGACACAAUAGGUGUUGUAGAAACAUCCGGAAAGACUUUACAAUUAAUUCCAUCCCAGAAUUCCUAUGAAUCAACCCUCAGUGGCCAUCCGGUCACAAGAGCCUCUGGAAUGGCUGCUGACUCUACUCCUGGAAGCCUUCCUCACCGCAGACAAAUGGUUAACAAACGCCAGUUACCCUGCGCUCGUGGUUCAAGCUGCUGUCUUUCCUGAUGCUUUCUCGCAAACUGUGCCUUCGUCGGAUCAGAAUCUCUUUAGCUUGUCGCUCACUUGUGUCGGUCGUCAGAUUGUGUCUGUUGUAGGACAAAGUCUGAAAUGAAAACACAAGAGACAUCUUACAAGAAAAACUGAUUGCUACCCCAGAGAUUCCCAAACUUUACUGUGCUGCUUUGGCUCUCUGUACCUCAGCGAGGCACUUAACAACCAACAUGCAGAGCAGAAAAAUAAAUUUUAAAAAAGUAUAAAAAUUAAUGUGUAUGGGAGAUGGAAAAAAAAAAGGUUAACAUUUGUUCAAAAUUUGAAAGCAUUUGUCUUCUAAUAGAAGUUUGCCAGUUAUCUUUCAUUGAGAAGUGCGAUCUUCAUAAAUCAGAAUAUGAUGGAAUUCCUCAUCAUUCAUACUUUGUCUACCUUGAAGUAGUCUGUACGUAUUUAGCCAUCAUUAGCAGCUGGGGAAGACAUACAAUUCAUCUUUACACAUUCUUUACUGAAUAGGAAUUACCGGUACAAAAACAAACCACUUUGAGCCACUUGGUGGUGCCAUGUCCUUUCGAUUAAGAACACUUCUUUUCAACUGGGUUGUCAAAUUGAAAAAGCUGUUGCUAGAAUCCGCAUGAACUAUGUGCUAGUAUUUGAGACAGUAAAAUUUCUAAACCAGGCCUCUGAGUGACAUACAUUUUUAGUUUUAUAAGUUUCUUAAAAUGAAUUGCAAUUAGUAAUUCAGUUCAUUUUCUGAUAGAAUAAAUAUAUAUUUCUUGGGAAUAU